CCUCCAUCAUGUCACAACGUCAGCUCUUGUACCAGCCUGCCUUGCCUCGCAUGCGCCUCAGCGCGCCCAUUCAGCUGGGCAAUACGCGCCCAGCACGCGUAGAUCCCGCACCGCCGAUCAUCCGUUCAAGCGCCGUCGAUCCGGGCGCAUAUAUGCGCCUCGCGAGAACCGGCACAGCCACCCAGUCCACGGCGUCGACUACGGUUGCCGCUCCGAGCCCUGUCAUCCGAGUGCCGAUUACGCCUGCCCCCGCUGCUUAUUCCUCCGCUAAUGGCCCGACUCGCUCCCCUCCGUCUGAAGUCAUCUACGUCUCCUCCUCGCCUGCACCCGAAAUCAAGAAUGAGAUGCCUGCGUCCGAAACGAUGCCCGAACUCGCUGCUACCGAAUCGACACACGAACUCACUGCUCUCGCUUCCUACGCCUCUUCCUCGCCUGCCCCCGACUCGACGAUCACAUCCAAAACGAUGCAUGACCUACUCGCCUCCAACGCUGCGACUGCUUGUACACCCGCCGCCUCCGCCGUCCCCCGCAAGUUCAAUCCCGCCAGUACUGCCUACACUGAGCUCUCGGACUCUGAUGACGAGCCGAUGAUCAUUGACAAUGUUAUGGUCGACGUCAAACCGUCUCUCGACAAGGUCGCUACCGCUCGCGAUCCCCCGGCUGCCUCCGCUCCCGCUCACUCUGCCUCUGUUGUCUCUGCAUCUAUCGACUCCGCUCCCAUGCCCGCGUCAUCCCCGGCUGCCAUCACAGUCAAAAGAAGGGGCAGACCGCGCAAGACCGAUCCGCCUGCACCUGCCCAGCAGCAGCGGAAGAAGAAGGCGCCCGCACCCGCGGCGGACAAGGGCAAGGGAAAGGCUCCAGCCGUCGAGGAGGCGUCUGUCGAAGGGGCGCCAGCUCCUGCGGUGCCGCAAGCGAAAAAGGCGAGAGCGACUCGCCAGCGAGUCGACACGUCGGAUGCCGCGGCCAAGACCAUCGCUCUUUCAUACGCUGUAAAACGUCAGGAGCGCUUGGACGAGGAGCGCAAGGAGUCACGGCAGGCGCUGGCGGACGCAAACAAGGAGAUCUUGAGGCUGACUGCGUCGGUCGAGAAGUACCGUAGGCUUUGUUCAACCUUCGGUUUGAACGAGAGCGCCUGUUCCGACUUUGCCGCGUACCCGCAACCGCAAGCCUAUAGCACGGGCUUCAACGGCCUCGCUCCCGCACCUGCGAUGGGGGACGAGUUCGGUGUUGGGUGGGGCAGCGGACCGAGUGGCGCAAGCGCGUGGUCCGGCGUCGCUGGUGGGAGCAACAUGGCGGGCGGGAUGGGAGGUGAGGGGCCGAGUGGCGUGGGUGCGUGGCCCGGCGUCGCCGGUGGCAGCAACAUGGCGGGAGACGUUCAGAUGGCCUACGGGGGCCCGCAGAACGCCUACGAGACUUGAACUCCACCGCAUUUCAAUGAACUUCUCGUUUCUGCACACGACUACCUUACCUUCCUCACCACCGUCGUCACACUACGCUUCCUGUCAUUUCUCAUACUGAAUGAAUGAAUGAAACACGUGUAUUACAACUAC